AUGCCGCGCACGACGCCGUCGAGCCCGCUGUCCCGCGCGACGCCGCCGCGCUCCCCGACGGCGGCUAGCCGCCUGGCUGUCGCGCCGGCGUCCCCGACCACCCCGCAGUGCGCCAUCCCGGCCUCGCCGCGCACGCCGCCGGCGCCGUCCAGGGCGUCCACCCCGCCGCCGACCACGCCGCGCACGCCGCGCCCUGAGAUCACGCUCAAAGAGCCGUCGUCGGCGAAUGAGAAGCGCGCGCCCGCGGCCGUCCGGGGCCCGCCGUCGCGCGCGCUGCGCGCCAUCCGCGCAAUGCUCCGCUCCUUCCCCAUCAUCGCGCCGGCCGCGUGCCGCCCGGCGUCGGCCCUCCCCAGGCGCCACGGCAAGCCGCACGACGGCCACGCCGGCGGCCGCGCGCGCGUCACCGGCACCUUCUACGGCCACCGCCGCGCCCGCAUCGUGCUCGCCGUGCAGGAGCGGCCCGGCAGCCUCCCCACCCUCGUCCUCGAGCUCGGCGUGCUCACGGGGAAGCUCAUGCAGGAGAUCUCCGCGGGCGGCCACGUCCGCAUCGCCCUAGAGUGCGAGAAGAAGUCCAAGAAGUCGCCCGACGCAGGCGAAGGCGGCGGGAGCGUCAGCCUGCUGGAGGAGGCGAUGUGGACGGCGUACGUCAACGGCCGGCGCGUUGGGUACGCGGUCAGGCGGGAGGCCACGGACGGCGACCUCGCGGUCAUGCAGCUGCUGAGCACCGUGUCGGUGGGCGCCGGCGUGCUGCCCGGGGACGUGGUGGACGAGCCGCCCGGCGGGGCGGCGGAUGCGGACGGCGAGGUGGCGUACAUGCGCGCGGGGUUCGACAGGGUCACCGGGAGCAAGGACUCGGAGUCGUUCUACAUGGUCAGCCCGGACGGGGACGGCGGCGCCGGCGCCGGCGGUGGCACGGAGCUCAGCAUUUUCUUUGUCAGGGUGUAGACUGUAGAGGGAGACCGCCUUGCCGUUGCCGGCGGUGAGAGGUUAGCUCUGUCGUUAGUCGUCGUUGUUUCUUUUUUGGAAGACGUGGCUCCCAUCGCUGUAACAAGUGUGUGACGCUGUAUUUGUGUUGGUGCAGUGCA